AUGAUUGGCGCAGCGGCUGGCCACGACCUGGAGGUAGCCAGGGAGCACUGUUUCCUCAGCACAGAGGAGGUGGCUACCCUGGAACAGGAGCUGCUGGAGGAUUAUCGUUUUGGGUGGCAGCAGCUGGUGGAGUUAUGUGGUGCUAUGGCUGUGACCAAUGUGUUCCCCUUGCCUGCUCUCUCUCAGAAGCAGAGGAGGGUGCUGGUCAUGUGUGGCUCAGAGCAGAACAGGGCAGUAGGGCUGGUCUGUGCCCGGCACCUAUGGGUGUUUGAGUGCAAACUGACCAUCUUCUACCCAACAUGCUCACUGGACCCACUGCACAGGGACCUAACCACCCAGUGUGAGAAGAUGGACAUCCCUUUCCUGUCCUAUCUGCCCACAGAGGUCCAGCUCAUCAAUGACGCCUAUGGACUGGUGGUGGAUGCCAUGCUGGGCCCUGGUGUGGAGCCCCGUGAGGGGGGGCCCUGCAUGCAUAUGCUGACUACACUCAAGCUGCUGUCCAUCCCCCUUGUGAGCCUGGACAUUCCCUCAGGCUGGGACACUGAGACGGGCGGAGACUCAGAGACGGGUGCGGCCGACGUACUGGUAUCACUGGCAGCGUCCAAGCGCUGCGCUGGCCGCUUCUCUGGGCGCCACCACUUCGUGGCCGGCAGGUUCGUGCCCAACGACGUGCGUCGAAAGUUCGCUCUGCGCCUGCCAGGAUACACAGGCACCGACUGCGUGGCGGCGCUGUGA